CCAAUAUUCCUUUACGCGUUUUAUCAUGCGAAAAUCGACGCAACUGAAUUAAACAUCUAGAAAACCAAGCAAUUUUUUUACAAGCAAGCAAAUGGAUAAAGAUGAUAAUCGUUUCAGGCCAAUCCAAGAAAAUAGAGAUGGUGUUCAAUCGGAAUCCUGCGAUAAUUGGUUUGAAUGUUCACCAAGUAAAACAACUGAGCCACGAAGGAAUAAAUAUGCCGUUGAUGUACACUCUCCUAAAAUCCAAAAAACAGCUGUCAACAAAGAACAUGAAAAACCUUCUACUUCUAGUCAACAAGCUGCAAUUCAUUACAAAAAUCAGUCCCGUCACGACGAAGAUAUAUAUAUUGACGAAGAUCGCCAGACAAAAAAGCAACUUGACUACCGCAGUUGUUCAUCAAAUAUACAGGCGUAUAUACCAAUAACAGAUUUAAAAAUAUCAAAGACACCAUCUUCUGUUGGCAGUUUGAGGUCACUUCCAACAACAUCUCCAAGUCGCAGUAGGACAGCUUCUACACCAAGCAAAUUAAUGUCUCCAGCAAGAUCGUUCUCCCCGGAACUUCACACUCAUAGAACUGACUCAUCCAGCAGAUCAACACAAACUAGUAAAGCAAGAAGGAGUAUGGACAGCUCAUCAAGUGAAGCUGUUUGCAGAAUAUGUCAUGAAGGUGGAAGCACUGAGCAGCUUUUUUCACCAUGUUACUGUUCCGGAAGUAUAGGUCUUUUACACGUUUCGUGUCUACAAAGAUGGCUGGGAUCGUCAAACAAGACUUGUUGUGAGCUUUGUCAUUUCCAGUUCAAAGUAGAAAGGAGUCCGAAACCAUUUUGUCUUUUUCUAAAGAACCCAGGUAGACGACGUGACAAGCGCCAUAUGAUUUGUGACAUUGUUUGUUUCUCAUUCUUGGCACCAUCUUCCAUAGUAACUGCUUAUUUAUGUAUCGUUGGAAGCAGGAUGUACGACGCCGGAAGGAUAGAAGCUAUCUUGCUUUAUUGUCUGACAUUUGCUCUAAUGGUCUUGUUCAGUGCAUGGGUUACGAUGUGUCUCCGCCAUAAUUACGGCCUUUGGAAAGAUUGGAAACAGUUUAACCAGAAUGUCCGAAUAAUAUGUGAACCAUCGUCGGAGCUACAGAAAGAGACUUUAAGAAAUUCACCAUCUGGAAAGGUUCACAUGCAGCGCGUCAAACUAUGUAGUGUCAAAAUAAAAGUAUCAACAAAUAUGAAUUCACCCAAAAGACAAGCAACACCUGAAAUCUAUCAUCACUUACGUUUGACCGAAAGUAAUAUUAAACGUUCUUUAGAAGAUCCAACGAGCUACAGGAAGAACCUCUCACUUGUAGAAGAAGGAAACGAACCUACUAAAGGUCAUAGUCUUAGAAACCAAUGCCACAAUGGCAGUUAUAAGGAUAGACAUGUUCCUAAUGGACAUAGUAACUUUUAUGAACCAAAGAGAUAUAGAUAUCAAGUGAACGACGUUGAUCCCAUAAGAUGUGAACAUGUGGAUCCACCGUGUAGGAAUUGUUCUAGGAAUACGUAUGUUUAA